CAGCACGCCUGAUGAGUGUCUUGAGGAGCACAUACGACACGAGAUCUAUCUGCUCAGUGUCGGGAUUCUACCCUAAUGGCAUUCAGACUUGAGGCUUCAUUUUCGGCACUUACCGUAUUUAGCUAUCUACCGUCUUACGAUCCAUCUUUUCGCUCUCCGAGCCGCCACGUCCACUGUGCUCAGGUGUAUUUCGAGCACUGUCUGUUGGGGGUUUGGCGCCACGGAUUACCGCUGCUGUUCUCUAGAUCACCAUAAGCCAACCUCCGCUAUCGUCUAUUUCCAUCAUUGCAACCGGCAGACCAGACACAGAUAGCAAAGCUGAAGACUUCUGUGCCUGCUAGAAAGCCUGGCCUGUAGUGACAUUUUGUCACUCCCACUGAUGCAUAUGCUACGAGCGGCCAGUCUACGUUAUCCCUAUCCCCCAGAGUAUACCUCUACGCCAAGUUCUGGCGACACGAUGCAAGAACUCGUGGACAACAUGGCAUUUCGACCCCUCUCAUAUGCCAGGCACAACCCUGACCCACGACGAGCGACACCGUCAAAAAUAGAGAAACUGCCUGCGCCGCCUCCUGCAAACCCUGCCGACAUGAAUCCCCCCUGCAACACGCUCUACGUCGGCAACCUGCCCAUGGAUAGUAACGAGGACGAGCUCAAGAAUAUCUUUUCCAGGCAGCGCGGCUAUAAGCGGUUGUGUUUCCGUUUAAAGGCCAAUGGACCAAUGUGCUUUGUCGAGUUCGACGAUAUCUCCUCCGCGACGAGGGCGCUUAACGAACUGGACGGGGUUCCGCUCACCAACAGUAUAAAGGGCGGCAUCCGGCUGAGCUUCUCCAAGAACCCACUUGGUGUCGGAACCUCCCAAAAAGCGCCAGCUAGUUCUGAAAUCCGUUUGGUAUUACCCCAUACUGAUACGCAAGGAAGUAACGACUCCGGCUACUCAAGCAUGCGAGGUCAAGGCAACAUCUCCCGGACUAUACAGGGACUCAUCCACUCAACACCUUGGCAGUCUGGAUAUUACAACCAAAGCUUCUGCGGGAUUGCUGGUGGAUUCAGUGUCGGUGCGGACGCGGCUCGUCAAUCGAGGACGAGCUCGGUUGAAACAGACGCCCAAAUAGAUGCAGCUCUGAUAUCUACUGAAACCGGAAGUCGCGAUGUUGUUGCAAUUGGGAACAGUGAGAGAGACACGGCCAGUUCUGCUUCGCGACAGGCGGCUCCGCCGACGAACGGCUCGGACGCUUCGAUUGACGAGCUUUCAAGGCAGCCAACCGGGAUCUCAACCCCUGACUCGGAUUGUUCCUGGCCGACCGAAGAUUCGGAAGACGAGGACUUGAUCUUAGAAAGAUCACACCCAUUCAUGCUAUUCCGAGGAUUGGCGUUUGCGAGAGUAUUCGAAAGAUUCCUUUGGUGGAAAAGGUGUCCAUUAGAACAGCACGCCGAAUGUAAUGAGGCAAGCAAGGUUAACGGCGCUCUAACUCAAGAAAAGGGCAAGGGGAAUGAUUCAGCAUUAGGGAAACGAAAAUGGGCGGACCUAUCGGAGCACAACAAAGGGAUAACUGAUGAUAACGAGCGUUCGUCAUCUCAGACCACUGUCACCUCGAACAAGCGCAGACGAACUUCUGACAGGCAGUUAACGUUUGCCUGUCCAUACACGAAGAAAGAUCCCAUGUCUUACAGAGACUGUUACAGGUACAAACUAAGUAGAAUCCGUGACGUCAAGCAGCAUCUCGAUCGAUGUCACAGGAAUCCACCAUACUGCCCCAGAUGCAGGGAUACAUUUCGGACCGAAGAGGAACGUGACGAACAUAUUCGAGAGGUCUCCUGUUCAGUGCGGCCAGCGAUGAUGCUUGGGGGAAUCACAGAAGCGCAAAAAGCACAAUUGCGAAAGAAGUCGGCGUCGAACAUCUCCGUGGAGGCCCAGUGGUUUGUUGUCUUUGAUAUCCUCUUCCCAGGGCAUGACCCGCGCCCUCAGUCCCCGUACGUCGAUACGGACCUGCUGCAAGAUAUCACACUCUAUCAAGACUAUCUGACCAGUCAUGGACCGCGCAUCCUUUCCGAUGUUCUUACCCAGCGGGGGGCAAUAACUUGGAACCUCCCGAACGAGGAGCGGGACCUCGCCGCCUUUCAACAGACGAUCUUUGAGGAUGGACUGCGUGCCGUUUUCGAUCAUUGGGUGGCGCAUAGAAGUCUCAACAGGGAUGAAACGAACAUCUCUUCAGCCUCAGCGAUCCCUGGUGAGCUUACGCCUCCGUCGUCAUCCAACUCAGGUGAAGCAACUGGCCCGAACUCAAUCCAGGCUUUUAGAGUUCCACCGCCAGCUAUAACAUCCGCGCUUUCUCGGCAGGGCUCAACCAGUAGGCCUCCUGAUUCCCAAAACUUUCAACCCGAUUCAGAAGGCCAAAUUACUUCCAAUGAAGGCCAACACAACAUACUCAGUUUUGGGAACGGUGGCCUUCGUUAUUAUCAGGAGUUACCCUAUGAUGGUCCGGACGACGAGCUAAUGAGGUUCAUGCUGGACGUUCAAGAGGGCUCGUCAUUCCACACCGCACUAGGCUGAACAUCAGGCUCCCAGACGGAGGACAGCAUGCGCGAAAAUUCACGGCAAGACCGGAAAAUAGUCUCCGGGGAUGUCUUAAAGUGUAUUGGGAAGGUUGUUGGGCUCUAAGUAAAGAAUGAUCAUAUGGGUGGUCUCUCGUAUUAGCACUGUCAUUACUUUAUGAUCUUUACGACAUAAAUAUCCUGUUUUGAUUUAUGGAAAAAGUUAUGUCCGGUUCACAUAGAAACAUCGCACAAUUCGCAGUCC